GCCGCUGGGCUCCGCCUCGCUGGGCUACGCAGGCAGGCGGCGGGGCUGCGGCACGGGCCCGGGCAGCACCAUGGCGGCGGCGGCGGUAGCAGCGCCUGAUGCUGCGGCGGCUUCUUCCGAAGCGCUGGCUGCGACUGCGACGGUAGAGCCCGAAGCUGGGGACGAAGACUGUCGCGAGGUCCGAGUGCUGCAGAGUCUGCGGGGCAAGAUCUGUGAAGCAAAAAAUUUAUUGCCGUAUCCUGGACCCAACAAAAUGAGAGAUUGUUUCUGCACCAUAAAUUUGGAUCAGGAAGAAGUUUAUCGUACCCAAGUUGUUGAAAAAUCUUUAAGCCCAUUUUUCAGUGAAGAAUUUUACUUUGAGAUUCCAAGAACUUUCCAGUAUUUGUCUUUCUAUGUUUAUGAUAAGAAUGUUUUACAAAGAGACCUUCGUAUAGGAAAAGUAGCCAUCAAAAAAGAAGACUUGUGUAACCACAGUGGUAAAGAAACUUGGUUUUCACUACAGCCUGUUGACUCCAAUUCAGAGGUUCAGGGUAAAGUUCACCUUGAAUUAAAACUGAAUGAACUGAUAACAGAGAAUGGAACUGUGUGCCAGCAGCUUGUUGUACACAUCAAGGCAUGCCAUGGGUUGCCUCUCAUAAAUGGACAAAGCUGUGACCCUUACGCAACAGUUUCUCUAGUGGGCCCUUCUAGGAAUGACCAAAAGAAGACAAAAGUAAAGAAGAAAACAAGCAAUCCGCAGUUUAAUGAAAUCUUUUAUUUUGAGGUAACCAGAUCCAGUAGUUACACCAGAAAGUCCCAGUUCCAGGUAGAAGAGGAGGACAUUGAAAAGCUAGAAAUUAGGAUUGACUUGUGGAACAAUGGAAAUCUGGUCCAAGAUAUUUUCCUAGGCGAGAUUAAGGUUCCUGUGAAUGUGUUAAGAAAUGAUACCUCUCAUCAAGCCUGGUACUUGCUACAACCAAGAGACAAUGGAAACAAGUCAUCUAAAACUGAUGAUCUGGGGUCUCUUCGAUUAAAUAUAUGUUAUACAGAAGACUAUGUGCUUCCUUCAGAGUACUAUGGUCCUUUGAAAACUUUGCUGCUAAAAUCACCAGAUGUUCAGCCAAUAUCUGCCUCAGCUGCUUACAUUUUGGGUGAAAUAUGUCGAGACAAAAAUGACGCUGUUUUGCCCCUCGUACGAGUUCUGCUGCACCAUGAUAAACUUGUUCCUUUUGCCACUGCAGUGGCUGAAUUAGACUUGAAGGAUACACAAGAUGCAAACACAAUUUUUAGAGGAAAUUCCUUGGCUACCCGAUGUCUGGAUGAGAUGAUGAAAAUAGUGGGAGGGCACUACCUGAAAGUAACAUUAAAACCUAUUCUGGAUGAGAUAUGUGAAUCCUCAAAAUCCUGUGAAAUUGAUCCUAUUAAAUUGAAAGAGGGAGAUAAUGUAGAAAAUAAUAAGGAAAAUCUGCGCUACUAUGUAGACAAAUUAUUCAAUACAAUUGUAAAAUCAAGUAUGAGCUGUCCCACUGUUAUGUGUGAUGUCUUUUAUUCUCUGAGACAAAUGGCUAUUCAAAGAUUUCCUAAUGACCCUCAUGUUCAGUAUUCUGCGGUGAGCAGCUUUGUAUUCCUUCGUUUCUUUGCUGUAGCCGUAGUAUCACCUCAUACUUUUCAUUUGCGACCUCAUCAUCCAGACCCACAGACAAUUAGAACAUUAACUCUCAUCUCAAAAACCAUUCAGACUUUGGGAAGCUGUGGUAGUUUGUCCAAAAGCAAGUCAAGUUUCAAGGAGACAUUCAUGUGUGAAUUUUUCAAAAUGUUUCAAGAAGAAGGAUAUAUUAUAGCAGUUAAAAAGUUCUUGGAUGAAAUUUCAUCUACUGAAACUAAAGUGUCCAGUGGUACGAGUGAGCCUGUACACCUGAAAGAAGGUGAGAUGUAUAAAAGAGCUCAGGGAAGAAAUCGGAUUGGAAAAAGGAACUUCAAGAAACGGUGGUUCUGCUUAACAAGCAGAGAGCUCACCUACCACAAACAGCGAGGCAAAGAUGCACUUUACACAAUUCCAGUGAAAAACAUUCUUGCUGUGGAAAAACUGGAAGAUAGCUCUUUCAACAAGAAAAAUAUGUUCCAAGUCAUACAUACGGAGAAACCACUCUAUGUCCAGGCAAAUAAUUGUGUGGAAGCUAAUGAAUGGAUAGACGUGCUCUGCAGGGUGAGCCGAUGCAAUCAGAACAGGCUCAGUUCUUAUCAUCCCUCUGCAUAUCUGAAUGGCAGCUGGCUCUGCUGCCAGGAGACCAGUGAAAACGCUCGAGGCUGCAAGCCCUGUACUGCAGGUAUCCCUGCAGACAUCCAAAUAGAUAUUGAUGAAGACAGAGAAACAGAAAGAAUUUACUCCCUUUUUACCCUCAGUUCACCUAAGCUACAGAAAAUGGAAGAGGCUUGCGGAAGUAUAGCAGUGUAUCAAGGACCCCAGAAAGAGCCUGAUGAUUAUUCCAGCUUCGUAAUCGAGGAUUCUGUUACAACCUUUAAGACAAUUCAGCAAAUAAAAAGUGUCGUUGAGAAGCUAGAUGAACCUCAUGAAAAGUAUAGGAAGAAAAGAUCAAGCAGUGCAAAAUAUGGGAGCAAGGAAAACCCAAUUGUUGGGAAAACAUCUUAAGAGUUUGACCAUUUGAUUCAGAAGAACUGGAAAAUACUAUCUUUGUUGGAGUUUCUUGAUUCAUCGUAUAUUUUAUUCAUAGUAUUUAAGAAUGAACACUGGCUUCAGUUUUACCUGCAUUCACAUUGUAUUUAAUAUUUAAUAAUUGAAAUUAAUUGUUUGGGAAUCCUUGUAUUGAUGCAUUACUAGGGAAUUUGAAACCCAAGAUUCCCUUCAUAUCUAUGUGUUGAAAGCCAUGUUUCUGCAACUUCUUUUUAGUAGAAAGAAUCUUCCUACAAAAGCUUUGUUUAGAAAAAAAGAACUCCAUAGCUGGAAACCAUUUCUUCUUGUAACACCUCAUGUUCAGUGGACUCUUCACUACCAUUAGUGCCUGCUCUAUACUGCCAACAUUGUGUUGUUUUUCUAGAAAGUCCCAGUCCAUGACAACUCAGAGCUUUCCAUUUAGUUCAUCUAGACCAUCCAUCUUUGAAAUAGAAAACUAAUAAUAAAAGGUUUUCCUUUGGCCCAGUAGUCCUUACAGAUUACAUUAGGGACAAUGACAGACACUUUAGAAAACUGCCAGAGCAUCCUCAAAAGUUGAUAGACCCGUUUGCUUAUUUUAAGAUGGAAACAGAACUCAGACAGGAGGAAUCAGGGAACGUGUGCUAUCAAGUGCAUCUUGUUUACAUUUGGGAUGAGUGGUGGCAAGUGAAAUAAAAUGAGACCACUAAAUUUUUUUCAUUGUUUUAAAUAUCAGGUACUCAUUUUUCUUGAGGGUUCAGAUUCACGUGACUUCUAAGGACAUUUCUUCUGAAAAAGAAGAGAAAGUAACCAGUGAAAGAAGGUGGAGGGAAAACCACCUCACUUCACCUGCCACUCCAUUCAUUAUAAAGGGCCACCACCAAUACGCCCUCCUCCUGGCGUGACUGUUCUCGAGCGGAGAGCUAACUCAAGAACAGCCACUUGGCGCACUUUAAUAAUCGAGGCUCCCAGCCCCAGAUUAUACUUUAGAUACUCCAAGGUAUCUAAUCUCUACGAUCAGUUCAAUGAUCACUGUUUAAGUCUAGAAAUAGUGCUUUCCUGAAAAUGUUUAUAUUUCAUUCCUGUUUCAUUACUGCCUGCUAGCCGAAUGGAAUUUGGACAAGCAUCUGUUUGAAUCCUGUUUACCAUACUUUACUUUUAUCCUAAAAACCAUAACCUGUAAGUUAGCAGUCGAAGCAAGUUGCCGUGUUGAAGUUGAGAGAGACACAUUUUGCUUCAUCAGUAUUAAAAGCCAUGGUACUCUCUUAUUUUGUCUUUUUACAUUCAAACAUUUUCUAAAUGUGGUACUUUGAACCUGGGGGUAUUUACAUGUUCCUGUUUAAAACUGUGACUUAUUAAUGUAAGUCUAGCUAGUAGUGCUUUUUCUGUUGUUGUUUCCCUGAGCAUAAGCUAUAUUUUAAGAUAUACUUUACCAAUUAUGUUAUUUGUGAGUAAUUGUUAUUAAAUUAUGUUGUUACUAGGUAGGAGUUUUAAAGACCAUUGGCACAUAAUCAAAGUUAUUCCAUAAAUGAUUCUAAUUGAGCAAUGUAUUUCUCUGAAUGACUUGUAAAAAUCAAUUGGUUUUAUUAAGAAACAGCUCUCAUGUGCAUUAUGGUAGGUUAUUCCUGGUCUAUUUUAAAGAGAAAUUUGAAAGAGUUCUUUAAAUUUUAUGGCCUUGUAGAUUCUAUAAAGUACAGUGCUUUAGAAAUAUGAAGGAAUUUAACCAUUCAAUAAAUUUUUUGCUGUUGAAUUUCAUUUAGCUUGCAGUUUCCUUUUAAGAGUCUCCAAACUGUCACCCUGAAAAGGACACAUGAGCAUUGUCCACACCACUCGACACUCUUGGUGGUUUUUAGUCCUCUGCUGUUCUUAUUCAAGGCAAAAGAAAUAUUCUUCUAGAAUUUUGUAAUGUCAGAUCUCCAAAUAGGAGUGUUUUUUACAGAUCCUGGCAUUACCAGGGAGACCAAGGCUGUGUGAACACGUGAAUCUGAAGGGAAGGUUUCAGUCAUCCAGUUAUCUUCUCCACGUGACACUUUUUAGCAGCCACUUUUACUGGAAUUAAUCAGGCUGGCACAGCCUAAAAAGUCAUAAUGUGAAAUUAAAUUAAUUUUCUUUGAAAGUCUUCUGAAAUAAGAAGCUCUGUCAAUAGGACCCUAGAUAACCAAGGUACUUCUGAUUUUUACUACCUGAUCUGUUUCUCUGCCUUUCCCACCCCCUUGGAAAAAUACAUAGCAGCUCACUUUACCCCAAAACCCUGUAAACCCCAAGAAGGAGAGAGGGAUGAUAAAGAGAAACUCUUGCCAUAAAUGCCAGUUCCAGGUCUUAGUUUAGCCAUUUCUAUCAGUUGAAAUUGUGGUGAUUUGUUGCUUGUUCUGUUGUUAUUAUUUGUUUUGUUUUUUGUUCAGCUUUGUUCUUUUAAUAUCCAUUUAAUAUGACAAUGAGCAAUAGCAAAGUUUUUUACUCCCAAGUAUAUAAUUUAUCAAGUAGAAUGAUUUUAUUUGCCAAAGAAAUAUGUUUAUAAUGUCAUGGGUAAUAGUUAAGUGUCAAACUAGGCUUUCCUCAUGAUAUUAAAAAAUAUAACCAAU